GUCAUACAGGUGGGGAGGAACACGGAGUGAUGCGAUGCACGAAUUGCAAAUGCUAACGCUCCUCCUACGCUUUGGAGGUCAGCCUAACCUUUGCCAGCGCCCAAUGAAUAAGAUGUCCUCCUCGGUGUGUUCUUCGCUCGGGGAGCUGCCACUUUUGCAGGAAUAUGAGGGUGAAGAAUGGCAUAGGAUCCUUGUUUUUCCGUAGCAACAACUUUCGCAAGAGAGCGUCUCGUAAAGACAGCAACACCUCGACAUUGACGCGAGAACGUGGCUGUGAUACUAGACACUCCGAGCCUAUGCGUGCAACAACGGUAUCUUGGUAUCCGGAUGCACCUGAGAUCUUGAUGUUGUCUACCACUCCAGAUAGCCCCUAUACAUUUCCAUGUCAGCCGAGCCCAUCCCGCAUAUAUCAAGACUGUACAUGGAAGCACCUUCUGCGGGUUUUCAAUUUUUGCCUUAACCUUGCGCAAGAAAGUCGGAAAUGGGGACCCACGAAAAUAGUUUCGGAACGAGCCAUUCCCCGAAAAUUCUUGCUAAACAUAGUCUCCCGUGGGCAGACGAGACAAUUCCUUCAAACCUCCGCGGGAACGCUCCGGAUAUCCUUGUCUGACCUGGCGCGUUUUAUCCUGUGUCUUCCUCUCGAUGGUGUAACAGCACUUCGAUAUACCCUUGGCGUUGUGGCAAUCGCGAGAAACAUGUAAGACACUGCUCGAUGCAAAGGGGUCCCGAGCCUGAUAGGCGGAUUCUUUCGGAGUUUCCGAUAAUGUAGAUAACGUUCCACGAACCGUAAAGGCUGAAAUGCAAUGUCUGCACCAGAGUAUUGAAGU